GUAUGAUUUUCGUUAUUCAUAGCAUUGCACAACGAAUUUAUUGUAACGAGUUGCAUAUUUUGAAUAACUAACUAUGUUGAUGGACAUGUGAAGGGAUUGUAAAAGAGUUUAUGAUUGAUUGAUUGAUUAUGACGACUACACAUCCAGCAGAUGCACCUUCCAACUGUCCUGGAACAGAGUCUGAAAACGCAGGAAAAGCAGACGCUUGUGUAGGUUGUCCUAAUCAGUCUUUAUGUGCUAAUGGAAAAGGCACUCAAGUGGACCCUGAUUUGGAGCUCAUAUCUUCUCGUCUUUCUCAUAUAAAACACGUGAUUUUAAUAUUAUCUGGUAAAGGUGGAGUUGGAAAAAGUACAUUUGCUUCGCAGUUAGCUUUUGCUUUGGCAAGUAGAGAGUAUUUUGUAGGUCUACUAGAUGUGGAUAUUUGUGGUCCUAGCAUUCCAUAUAUGUGUGGAGUUGAAGGAGAGGAAGUUCAUCAAAGUAUUACUGGUUGGCAACCAGUUUAUGUAGAAGAAAAUCUUUCUGUUAUGUCAAUUGCCUUUAUGUUGCCAAGUAGAGAAGACGCAGUCAUAUGGAGAGGAGCAAGAAAGAACGGAAUUAUCAAACAGUUUUUGAAGGACGUGGAUUGGGGCUCUCAUUUGGACUUUCUUAUUAUUGACUCACCUCCGGGUACUUCUGAUGAACACAUAACUUUGGUACAGUGUUUAAAGUAUUGUCAUAUUGAUGGUGCUAUUAUUGUCACGACCCCUCAAGAAGUAUCGCUAUUAGAUGUUAGAAAGGAAGUUCAUUUUUGUCGUCAGGCCUCCAUUCCAGUAUUAGGAGUUGUGGAGAAUAUGUCCGGUUAUGUUUGUCCCUGUUGUGGCAAUUGUUCAGAAAUAUUUGCACCUACAACAGGAGGAGCUCUGAAAAUGUGUCAGGAUUUCGCAAUUUGUUUUUUAGGUAAAGUUCCGUUGGAUAAUGAAAUAGCAUUGGCUGGUGAAAAAGGAAUUUCACUUUUUAAGGAAACCAGUACGUCAUCUCAAGGUGUAAAACAUCUUCAAAAUAUUGUGACUCAUUUAUUACAGUUACUGAAUAUAGCUAAGGAAUAAUCCUUAUCAGGUAUGAUAAUCAUAAAAGCCACGACCUGUUU